AUGGCCAUGAGCCAAGAGCUUCGAGCUCUAAAGCCGCUCGCCCCGAAGAUCUACACACAUGAGGCAGUCAUCCAGUUUUACGGCUUUGCCCUGCAAACGCGCAUGGCUGUGAUCUGUCUUGAGGGCCGGCGACUGUGUCUAUACUCUCCGACGCCUCUAACCGAUGCAGUGGCGGCUGACCUGGAGACGCUGGGAACUGUGGCGUUGCUCGUGUCGCCGAACAAAAUCCACAACCAGACCCUCCAGGCAUACUGCACUGCGUAUCCCAACGCGUUGUUGUGUGCCCCUCCAGGCCUGCAGGAACGGCAGCCGCAGCUUUCUGUCCAGGUGGUGCUGAAAUCUGGCAUGGACUUCUGGGCGGCCGUAGGGGGCUGGGGCCAGGAGCUUGAGGUCCUCGUAACUGCAGGCAACUGCUUCUUCGAGGAGGCCCUCCUGUAUCACCCCCACUCAGGGACACUUUUGGUCGGGGACUUUGUCGAGAACCUGCGACCGGCCACCACCCCCGGAUGCUGCGGAGGCCCUCUCGCCCGCGCAUGCCGGCUUCAAGGGCGGCCCAUGCCAUCGCCGGAAUUCUGGAUCUACACGCAGGAUGCAAAGGCUCUGGAGACAUCGGUUAGCCUAGCUGCCACAUGGUCCAUUCAGCGCAUCUUCCUCUGCCACGGCAGCAUGAUCGAGGGCCCAGCUUCAGCCAACGUGUUCGCCGAAGUUGUGGGCGAACUGGCGCGCUGGGCGCGGAGGUGGGGUGACUGGCAGGCCCACCGGAAUGCCAAGGAGGCAGCUCAAGCAAUCUUCAUCCAAAUCACUGGCAGAGCGUCAGAGACAGGUGGAGAGCGAAUGGACUGGCACUCCUUUGUGAGUUACCUGCGGAGGCAAGCCUGUGCGGGAAUGCCCGAGGAGCCAACCCCGGAAGUGGUCCCGGAGCCGGAGAACUCUGAUCCCAAGGUUCAAAACCAGGACAUCCUCCGCAAUGUGACGGACGCGAUCCGGGCCACUGCCGCGGAAGCGAUUAGCACCUUGAGCAGCGUGGGCCACAACUGGUUCGGUGGGAAGGAUGCCAACUCAGAUGCGCGGGGCUACGCUGCGCCAGGUCCACCCGACAACCAGGUGCUGCGGCAGCUCCUGGAGAUGGGCUACGAAGAGCAUGCCGUCAAUGCGAAGGUCCUGAAGUGGUGCAGGCAGCAGAGUUGUACAGCGGUGCAGUUGGAUGAUCGUCUCUACACAGAGCUCGACAGGCAGUAUGCCCUUCUUCGAGCGAGGCGUGCGGCGUCCCCGGGUCGGGCGCUGGCUGUGCAGGCCGUGCCAGCCUGA